UUUCGUUGCUUCGUGCCGCGAUACACGGUUUAGUCUUCCUGCAACCGUCCUUUCGAACUGGUUGCUGUUGUUUUCGACGAUCGCGGGCUAACUGGAACCGAUUUAAACGUAUUCGCAAAUCGAAUCGGUGCGAUCUGUGGUGGUAGUUUUUGUGUGAAAAAACGGUUCCAGUGAUCGACGUGAAGUGCAAAGUGAAACUACGGUAAAAUGGUUGAACGGUGAGGAUUCCAUUUCUUCUAGGUACUUCGUUUUCAUUUUUUCUAACGUUGAUAAUAGUUCUAACAGUGAUGUGAUGAGAAAAGUGAAACUAUGAAUUAAUUUUCGUCUGUGAUUAUUGCGCGAUUGACUGGAGUUUUUCAAUAGAAUACGUUUAUAUUUAACGAGAUAUUCAGUGAUUUUUGUAUGUAAAUUAGAAAAGUGAAAAAUGUGAAAUUGGUAAAUGAACGUCUAGCAAACGAGUCUUCCCUUGAUAACGAAUUCGCGUGAGGUGCGGUAAUAAAACGCAAUCGCGUGUGUAGUUCUAGAAUCUUCCGAUAUUAUGCUAUAUGUGAUAGAAACGUAGUUUUAUUCAUCGUUACGCUCAUUUUUUCGAUCGUCCUUCUUCUAUGUAACGUCAUUCUAAUUGCGACAUAUAGAUUCUUAAAUGUACAUUUACUCAUCUUUAAACACUAUGUUAGUUCGAAUAAAAAUAGUAAACAAAGCACCGGAGAUUGCAUGACUUUCGUUACAAAACGACGUAAUUGAUGUUACAGAAAGAUAGUUUGCAAAACCUUUCAAACGCGUUAUUAUAAAAAGUAGAUUAAAAUGAUUAUAAAGUUAUUACAUAUCGCAGUCUACAAAAACUAGAAAAUUUCUUGACUAAAUACGAAAUGUGAGAUAGGUACUGAAAACGUGCACGCUGGUGAUAUCAACGCCCGCACAAGAAAGACGCCACACUCCAUUUCAUUCUCACUCUUUCGCUUUAAUUCUAUUCAAAGUUUUGAUUUCUAAAGCUACAGAAAGUUCCGAGAUAUAAUUCAACAGAUUUCUAGCGAUUUCACGUUUUCGAAUUUGCAUAUUUGCAAAUCAGUUAACUACCGUACGACGCUUCAGUGUUUUGAAAUUUCACUUUUUCGCGAGUUGCAUCGUGUUCGAAAGUCAGGCGUCGUAUUUUGAAAACAGUAACGGCCGAAAGUGAGAGGUGUUCGUUUGUUUCAACUCGGAAAGUUGCGUGCCAUCGCGAACAAUUACUUAAAAUUGCAGAUUGAUUUCUAUCGGAGGAUCGUGUGUUCGUGUCGAGUGAUUGUGAUUUGUUUUCAGAUAUAAUUAACACUAUUUGGUGGAAGUAUGGUGUAAUUUACCGUUCUACGAUUGGAUUACGAGCAACGGCGAUUCGCUUUGGAUGAAACAUGUAUGGCUGAUGCGUGGCUGGAAUGGCAGAAAAGUUGCGCGAGGCGGCCGCACGUGGCGACGUUGCACGAGUUGCGCGUCUCCUUGACGAAGAUAUUAAACCAUUACCGGAUGAGAAUGGUAGGGGUCCUCUUUUAUUGGCAGCUGCAGCUGGCCACCUGGACGUGUGUGAAACAUUGCUGCUUCGAGAAAUCGAUGUCAACGCUGCAGAUAACACUGGUGUCACAGCUUUGCAGAAGGCAGCCUCGGAGGGACAUUUGGAGAUCGUUGAGUUGCUCUUGAAACACGGAGCCGAUGUCGCUCGUCAGGAUAGUGUGCAUGGAAAUUCAUCGUUGCACGAAGCAUCCUGGCGAGGAUACAGCAAGACCGUGGCAGCGUUGGCCAAGGCCCUCGGGACGCAACGCACACCCCUGCACUCGAGGAAUCUCGCUGGAUUUGCACCGCUCCACCUCGCCUGCCAAAACGGCCAUAACCAAAGCUGCCGAGAACUCCUGCUGGCCGGAUGCAAUCCCGACCUUCAAAACAACUACGGAGACACACCCCUUCACACGUCUGCGCGGUAUGGGCACGCCGGUGUAACUCGUAUCCUAAUUUCCGCUCUGUGUCGAGUCUCGGAUCAGAAUAAAAACGGUGACACGGCGUUACACAUCGCGGCGGCGAUGGGACGUCGCAAGCUGACGCGGAUCCUGCUGGAAGCUGGUUGCGAUCGUAGUCUGCGAAACAAGCAAGGGGAGACCGCGAAGGACAUAGCGCGGCGCAAGAACCUGACGGAGAUAUUGGAGAUAAUCGGUAAAGCGCGAAGCAAGAGUAGAACGCGUAGCAAGAGCCGCGAGGAGGAGGCUGGAGCGGCGACGGCAACGGCGGCGGCGACGACCACGGUGGUGGCUACGGCGGACAAGGUCGACGGGAAAAGCAACAAGAGCGAGAAGAAGCGAGAGAAGACUGGUAGUGGGACCAGCGGGAGCAGGGACAGUUGCUCGAAGAAGGAGAAAAAGAAGCACAAAUCGUCCGGCAAGCAGAACAAGGUCCACUUCGAGAAGGCUGUGAUGGGCAGACAGUGGUCCCCGUACGGUUGCCACUACUAUCCCGAUCCGGAAGCGUUUCCCCAGCCACGAUUGGACUCUUUACCACCGGAUCCUCUGGGUCGUGGUGAACAGUAUUACCUGGACCUGGCCGGAAACAUCAGGAAAGGUCCGGUCGGGGUUGGCUACACCUGCUACUGCGCACCAUUCUUCAGGCACAUGGAGGCCAAGCUGGAGAGAGACAAGGCUGAGUUGAAGGCGCACAUAGAUCAGGCCCACGAGAGGCUAGACCUGAAGGUAGCUAACCUGGAGAGGAGGACCAAAGGACAGAUCUCGGAGCUGACCAGAUGCGUGGCUGCGGAGAGGACCAGGUGCGACGAGAGACACAUGCAUCUUCAACAACGUCUCUCCCGCGGCGGUCGAGGCAGACACAGCGAGAGACCGACCAAAACCAUGUCCAACGAUCAGCCGUUCCCACCGGCUCGUGCCAGGUCCUUGGAGGACUUGCUGGACGACAGGCCUCACGACAGGAGCUUCGAAAUCCCGGGAGAGACGUCGAUUCAUCGGGGCAGCUUAGACGACCUCGAUAUACCGGCUAUACCGCGACUCAGCAAGUCCAUGAGGGAUCUCCCGUCCGGUUCUGGUGUCUCGAGGUCAACACUCAGGGUGCUCGACGUGCCCGCCAGACUGAACGAAACGUUCGAUGGCGUGAUCAAGCAGGAUCGUAGCUCCCCUCUCGGGGCCGCCUCGUCGCCGUCGAUCGGAUCCAGGCAACAGGUCCAUCAGCAACGCGAUCCUUCUCGAGAUCAUGGUAUAAACUCGUGUCAAGACGAUAGUAGCGGCACAAGAAAGAACGACGACAGUUCGAACGAGUGGAGGUCUUCGGGACGACGCAGCGUUCACGAGAUGAUCAAGCGAUUUCAACAAGUACCUGGCAUGCACAACGGCUGGCGAGGUCCCCGUUCAGGAAGCAGCGAACCAACCAGUCCUGAGCACAGUCAAUGCUCCCAAAAUCAGAGGGUCCAACCGCAAGGUGGCGUAGGGAACAGCUGGCGUGGCGAAGGUAACGACAGCGAGAGCAGCGAAAGAGACGACGACGAGCAACCGGAAGCAUUAAGCGGAGGGAUCUCCGGAAAAGGAGUGAUAUCAGAACACGUGCAUUACGACAGCAUCGCCAGAAUGCCAUAUAGGUCUCGUAAUGCGGUUUAUAGCCCGACACCGCCUUUGCAUGAUGCACAUAACGAUUCCGGGUAUAGUACUCGUAUGUAUGGUUCUAGCAAAGGUGCUUCGCCGUCGUUAUCAGGUCAACUAGAAUGCGACGUGAUUCUUCCAACAAACCCAAAUGCGUUUCCCAGCGGUGAACAAUUGGCUGCACUGUUGGAACAACCAAGAAGCCACGAUCUCACAGUUUAUGAACGCGGUGCCGAUAAUUGUGUAAUUAACAUCGGAACCGCAAGUCUUGUUUAAGGAAAUUAAUGUUUUUUUAUUUCCAAAGACAUCCACUAACGAUACCUACUCAGGUGUUAAUAGAAUUUAGAAAAGGAAUAUAUGCGUACCAGUUUAAAUUGUUUCGUUAGAUUGAUUUUGUACAAAAUCAUUCUCGUUUUAGAGAUUAAAGCGCUGUAUUCUUGUAAAUAAAUGUAGGUAUACGCUGUACAAUUAGUGAGUUGUAGAUUUAUGUUAAAACCUGUUAAAGAUUUCAUUCACGAGGACCUAAGAAUAUAAGGACCGUGAUUGAAUACUAAUAAAACAAUAAGAGACUUUAUAGAAAUACGAAAUUUUAGAAACGACCGGAACGAAGUAUUAAGAAAUACCUUUCACGUGUAGUUAAUUAUUUGUUUAAUCAGUAUACAUAAUUUCAGUGGAAAAACAUUAAUUAUUAUUGUUUGUGUAACAAGAAACAUUGUAUACCAAUAGAUGUGCUAUAUAUCACAAAAUUAAGUUAAAUUAUGUUUAUUUAUUAUGUACGUGUAUGAUAAUACGUGUAUCAUUAAUAAUCGCGUCGAUUAAAUUUUGUACAAUUAUAAAUACACGUUAUUUGUUCCCUUUCAAAAUUAAAUGUAUUAUGCACAGAUAAA